AUGCCUUGUAGAUUUUUAUGUUUUAAAACACCCGAAACAAAAUCUAAUUUUGUUUUGAUAAGGAAGGGUGUGAAAAGACUUAAGAGAGAAACUGGGUUCACCAGCCAGGGUUGUGCGAAAGCCGACCGACUGACAGACAGGCCCAGUGAAAACAGGCCCUUGGUCGUGCGAAAGCCGAUCAGACUUGACGGCCCAGUGAAAACAGGCCAGGGUUGUGCGAAAGCCGACCGACUGACAGACAGGCCCAGUGAAAACAGGCCCUUGAUCGUGCGAAAGCCGAUCAGACUUGACGGCCCAGUGAAAACAGGCCAGGGUUGUGCGAAAGCCGACCGACUGACAGACAGGCCCAGUGAAAACAGGCCCUUGGUCGUGCGAAAGCCGAUCAGACUUGACGGCCCAGUGAAAACAGGCCAGGGUUGUGCGAAAGCCGACCGACUGACAGACAGGCCCAGUGAAAACAGGCCUUGGGUUCUGUGA